CUGAGAGGCUUUGACCAGCGCUCGGAGGAAUAACAGACGCUCACUUUCUGCUGUUUUAGCCACUAUAUUUACGGUGAAAUGUGACGGACACGAGAUCACUUCACAAAAUGAGCAGCACGACCAUCCAGGACCCGGCUGCCGGGAAACUGUCCUCUGGCAGCGGGCAGACGUUUCCCUGCCUAACCUUACUGCCCACCUCUGAUCCCUCCGCGUCCAAACGAUUAUGCUUCUACAAAAGUGGUGACUAUAAAUUCAGCGGGCAUCGCAUGGUCAUCAAUGGCCGCACCUUCAAGACGUUCGAUGCUCUACUGGACACGCUGUCAAGGAAAGUGCCUCUGCCAUUUGGAGUUCGGACCAUCACCACACCUCGCGGGAUCCACCUUGUGAAGGGUCUGGAUGACUUUCACGACGGGGGAUCCUAUGUGUGCUCUGAUCAGAAACGGGUGAAGCCACUAAACCUGGCUGAGGUGAACCGGCGGCAGGUACCAUGGAAUACCACCAGACCCGUCAGCACUGGGCGCCAGAGACGUAUCCAGUUCGGUCAGUUUGGCAGGAGGAAGGAGCUCGCCAACAGGCCGGCAAAGGUCACCGACAGGGUGACAUUGCGAACACCGAAAAGACUUGUGGUCAUCAAGAACAAGGAUCCCACAGUUAAAUCCACAAUUGUGUUGCAGAGAAGAACGGCACCGACGUUUGAUGCUCUGCUGGAUUACCUUUCUCAGAUCCUGCAGUUCCCGGUGUUGAAACUCUUCUCCACCGACGGCAGAAGAGUUGAUGGUCUAGCUGCACUUAUCCUGUGCUCCGGAGUUGUUGUGGCUGCGGGAAAUGAGCCAUUCAAAUUAGGAAACAACAGUUUUAACAGAGGGGGCCAGACGGCACAGGCCUUGUACAUGGAAAACCUGGAUCCUUCUAUGCUGCAGCCCAGAACUCACAACAACAAAUCCUUCUCAAGUGGAAGAGGCUCGAGGAACUUUUCCCUAUCGUCGGAGCGAUACGUUAUCAACCAGAUAAACAAGUCUCGAGAUGGAAGCAUGAACGGCCGCCUGCAUCACCACAAUGAAUCGUUUGACACUGAGGUCAACCAGCGAGGGAGGGGAGAGAAUGAGCAUCAUACUUGUGUCAUACCUCAAGACGACGACAUUGAAAAGUCUUUCCGUGUGAAUCAAGACGGCAGCAUGACUGUAGAAAUGAAAGUGCGUCUGACCAUUAAAGAGGAGGAGAUACUCCACUGGACCACCACGCUCAGCCGCCACUGCCUUAGCAAGAGGACAGUUUGUGCCUCCAUUUCCGAGUCGGCCAACAGCUCACCUGACUCCAACAACGCCGUUGCCAAAGACUCCUCUAGCAUCAGCGAAGGUGACAGCAAAGAAGAAAACCAUGCCAAUGGAGCUGGAAGGGGUGUCUGUUUCGACGACAACCACAAGUACAAGAACUACAACUCAAAAGCUUUGGGAAGAGACAAAACUAUCAAACGCACUCCUACGCCAGGUCCUCGACACGUUAAGAAGACGGCGUCUGUUGAGAGCGUGAAGAUGGUGACAGAGUCGGGGAUUCAAGAGAGCAGACUGGGACAUUAUUCCUACAUGGAGAAGACGGCCGAUGGUGAGACAACCGAGGGAUACUGCGUUGUUAGACACAGCAGCAGCAGCAGCAGCCGGCCAAUUCCAAAGCCUCGGAAAACGGCCUCUGCUGGAAAAGGCAACAAAGGCUCCCACUCGUCCAUCAGGUCGUCAGGUGUUGCUGAGGUCCUUCAGAUACAGAAUAACGGGAUGAAGGUUACAGAAACUGUCAUGCAUAUCUACGAGAGUCAAGGUGGCUAUGACAACUAUUCUGCAAAUGAGGAAUAUAGCGCAGAUGGCGCACCUUUGCAUGGUUCCACCUCAGGGCCAAACAGCAAGGCGUCUACAGGGCCACGUUCAUCCAGCAAUGACUGUGAUAUAGAUUUUAGCAGGCAGCCACCCACUGCUGACUCAAUACAACUGAGAGAGGAGAUGUUAUCGUUGUCAUCAGAACCAAUAUCUCCAACUCAUGAGAUUACGAACAAUCUGCCUACAGUGACUGAGGACGAUGCUCAAACAGCAGUAAACUCCCAGAUUGAGGAUACAGUAAAAAGGGACAAAACUCCUAAAAGCGAGAAAACAAAAAAAAAGAUGACUAAACCUGCUGUGAAUCAAAAGAGUUCAACUUCAAAAAGUAGCAAAAAUUCAACUGACAAGCUGAGCAGCAAUACCAGUGUGGGGAAAAAAAGUUUGGGAUCAUCAGAAAGUGCUAAAAUUGUCCAUAAACGUAAAGAAGCAGAAAAUAAAGAAGAAAAGCUUCAGUCUAAGAAAACAAUCAAAGUUGAAAAAAAGCCCAGGAAAAGCUCAGCCUUAUUAAACAAAACGGAAAGUGUAAAAAUAACCCCACCUAAGAGACAAAGCUUGAAUAAAGUAGCUGGUAGAGAUAAUGGCCACAAUGUUAACACUCCAAGUGGGAGGCCUCAAAUGAAAAAGAACAUCUCAGAUAUAUUACAACCUAAAAGAGCACCUCUGCUGAGCAGGAAAACAAUAAUAAGUAAACCCAAAUCCAUGACAGAGAACAGAACGUCAUCACCUAAAAAGUCUUUGGAGACAAGCGAGAGUGUUUCAAAUCCUUCCCUGAACCCUACGCCCUCUGAAAUCCACCAAUAUGUCGAGAACUGGUUGGAGACCGUCGGCCAAGAACAGGCGCCGUACACCGAGGCAAUUCCUGAGGAUUCCGAACCUCCAUCAACGGUGGUGUUUCAGAUAGGCGGUGGGUCGGAAUCAGAUGAAAAGAAUGGACAUCAGAAUAAUUUAGCUGAAUAUAUCCCACUGUCUGGGGAUAAUGUCAAGAAAUCUGCUUCUUGUCUAACGGUUCCUCUUUACAAAGGAGAGCCAGAAGCAUCUUUGUUGCACAGUGUUUCUAUGCCAAGUGUCCGAGUGGAUCCUGCACAACAGGACAAUCAACUGAGGGCACAUAAAUCUGCAGAGGCCAUUGGCCCCACUGGCUGCGAGUCAACUUCAACCUCGUCCAACAUUUUAACUCCUAAAGAAAAGCUAACACCCGUCCUGCGACAACUGUGUUCCUCAAUCGGGAACAUCAGAAGGGCAUCAGACACCAACACGACAUAUAACCUUGACAAGUCCAACAGCCUCCCGGAUUUCUCAACCCAAGUAGCGUCAGUGUUCGGCUCGUCUUGCAAAGCACUUCUGUCCUUCUUGUCGGUCAUGACUCUGAGAGAUGACCUAGCAGGCUCUGCUCCCAACGUAUGUGACCAAUCGAGAAGCACCUCAGAGGCCAUGCUAAUGAUGCAGUCCCUUAUGAAAAUCUCUGCCAUUGAAGACAAAGAAGAGCUGAGUGUGAGUCUGUCAAACCUGCAGAGCAGCACAUCCUCUCAGUUCAGAGAACGAUGGAAGGAUUUCCAGAUUUUGAGGGAAAGGCUUGAAAUUGAGCCACUUUCUGACCAAGUUUCCGAAACUGAGUUUGCCCUGGACCUAGACUCUGAAGGUGGGGAUAUAGUUGAGGAUCAACAUCUGACUCUAGAUGAGCUGAUGGAGGAGCUGAAUAUGCCUCAAGACCUCAAAUCAGAAAUUUCCUCAACAAUCCACCAAGCCAGAAGUUUUUACCCUCCGGAGGAGAGCACUAUGGUAGAAACUGAAAGGAACCAGUCGGACUCAGAGGAAGAUUUGGAGAAGUUUGUUGAUGAAUCCAAGGAUGAAGCAAAGUCAGCUGAUUCUGAUGAUACACGUGCAGAGGAAAACUUUGCAGAAAGAAAAAUGGAUACUGAUGAUGGAGAUAGAAAGUCAGAUCAAGAAGCUGAUGAAGUUCAGGAACUGGGCAGUGAUUUGAAAGAUUCAGAGGUUUCACAGACAGAACAAGAUGAGGCACUGAAAGAUGAAGAAGAUGAAGACAAGGUAGAGGAGGAUAGGAAGGACAAGAAGGCAGGCGAGGAUGGAGAAAUGAAUGAGACAAAUGAUGAUGGUAAAGAGGAGGAAGCAAUGGAGGAUGUUGAAGGGCAGAAAGCAGAGAAUGGAAGUGUUGAGGAAUCAGUUGAUAAAGAAAAGGAAGGAACAGAGGAAGAGAUGACAGCAGAUGAGGAUGAGGAAAGGGAGAAGCUAGAAGAAGGAGGGGAAGGAGUGGUUGAGGAGACAGUAGGAGGACUGUUGGACGAAAAAGAUCUAGAGGAAAGAGAGUACAACAGCAUAGACGAGACUGAGGAGAGAGAAAGUGUUGAUGAGACGAAGGAGGAAGAGAGAGGAGGGAUGGACGGGGUUGAAGAAGAGGCAGAUGAGGAAGUGAAGGCUGAAGAAGGAGUAGACCAUAAGGAGAAGGAUGAAAAUAUUUUUACAGAGUAUGAUGUAGAAGAAGAGUUGGAGAAGGUCAUUGAGGAGACAGAAGAGGAAGAGGAGGUAGAAAACAUCUUAAACAUGGAAGAAGAGGUGGAUGUGGUUAGUGAGGAUUUCGACGAAGAAGCAGAUCAAGUUAGAGAGGAGAAAGAUGAAGAGGACUUAGAUAAUGUAGCUGAAGAGGUAGACGAGGAAGAGGAUGAGGAGGAUAAUGAGGAAGAGGAGAAGGAGGAGGAGAAAGAAAGGAAGCUGGUUUGGAGAGAAAGCAAUGAAGAGGAAGAGGAGGAUGAUGAUGCUGAGGUUGAAGAAGAAAGGGUGAUCACAGAUAAGUCAGUUGAAGAAAAUGAGGUACAGGAGUUUGAGACUGAGGUGGAGAGGGAAGAUGACAAAGAAAACGAGGGAUCAGACCAGGUGGAAAAACAAGUAUCAAAAGAAGAGGUGGAAGAAGGAGAUGUUUCUGAGGAUGUAGACAGUUUUGAAGGUGGUACCACUACCAACCUGCUGGAAGAGGCCUCCUAUUUGCAGCAGAGUAGUAACGAGCAAGCGAACGCAGAGUGUAACAGUGAAUCACCAACAAAAUAUUCCUCUGAGGGGCAGUGUGAGUUCACUAAAGGCAGCGGAACGGACAACGAGCUUGAAACAGACGAGGGAGGGGAGCGUCGUGAGGAGAACAGCCUGAUCCAUCCUGUGGAAAUAUCCCAGGAGUUACUGGACUUUGUCAACUCUGCCCUGCAGUCGUCUUCGCUCACUUUCUCGUACGACGCUCGGGGGAACAUCAGGAUAGAGCCGGAUCACGCUCGAGUUGUACAAACUAUGCCAACUCUUUUUCCAAAUAGAAGAAAGGACAGUUCUUACGGCUUGAAACGUCUCCCGAGCCCAAACACGUCUGAUUUAUCCGAUUACAGACCAGAGACCUCAGAGAGUGGUGGGUAUAAGACUCAGGAGUCUGUAGAUCUUGUUUCAGAGAGCGGAGAGGAGGCCUCAGAGAGAUCCUCUCCAGCCUUAACACCUGAGAACGAUCUAUUGUCUCUUGCAAGUACUGCAGAAGUCUUACAAAGUUCCAGGAUCAAAAGUGAAGAGAGUUUCUCUUCCAAUGAUUCUGGCACCAAAGCCUCAAAAGAGGAUCUGUCUUAUUUUAGUGCAGCAAGCUCAUUAAAGGGAGAUGCCGAAGCUGCGCCAGAGGCCACACAGCCCGUCUCCCUCAGCUCAGAGAAGGACACCGGCGAUGGGGUUUUGAUCGAUCAAGGGAGGUGGCUGCUCAAGGAAAACCACCUCAUAAGAAAAUCCCCUCCGGUCGCCCUGGGAAUGUACGGUAACAUGGACAGCACCUCCACCGACACGGGUCAGGAGAACGCCGGUGAGGAUUCUCCGCUUCACCAUAAGACCCAGCCCGACCCCCUCGUGGACAUAUCCACUUCAGAGCUUGAGGAUAUGGCGAAGCCUCCAACUCCGAAGUGCACCUACUACAACAUGCCACACGGGAGUGACUCGGAUCCCUUCCUGGACAAUUACAGUGGGCACAGUGUGAAAAAGGACACGAGCAGCGGGAUGGGAAGAAGCUUCAGGGUGUCGCCCAGUAUCGAUACUUCCAAAACAUGGCCAAAUAAAAUCGGCAGUCCGUCUUCAUUUAAAUCAGUUGAGUUCAGAUUACCAGAUGGGAGAAUUCAUCCUGAGGGGGAGGCCCCGGUUGUGACACAGCCAAGAAGGACAUCUAGUGGGGGAAGCAGUGCACUGCAAGCACAGAACUCCCCGGAGACACUGCUUGUGAGAUGUGGACAAUACUGCCCCAUACUAUGAAAGAAUGUGUAGUGUUUAGUUAUGUUGGACUAUGAUUAUUUGGUUACUUUCUUUGCAAACCAGCCACACCUACAGACCCGUGCCAUUUAUUUCAGUUCAGUAUCAUACAAACAUCGUUUACAGACUUUUUUGUGUGUUUUAAUGGUGAUGGUGAGCCAUAAAUACAAUAUAGCAAUAUCAGCAACUACGGACAACAUAUUUUUUUACUGUUUCACUGCAAACUGUACAUAACAAUCUAUCAUAAAGUACAAGUCAUAUAUUU